AUGAACAACCAACAGCAAGGCCCUUACGGCGGUCCAUGGUACCCACGCGGUGAUCGUAGGCGCAGCCGUCUCCCAGUUGUACCAACUCCAAGUGCUGAGAAGAACGCAACUACGCACAGAGAUUACAACCCGACGAAUUACCCUUCCAGCGCGCAAACUCCCUCACCUACCGCAUCAUCGACUGCACCACCAGCUGGACCACCAGCAAAGAAGCGCAGAAUCUCAGGAAAGGCUGUUGUCCCAGAUGACAAUACCGUGGCACCCACCGCAGAAGGUUCGGGUAGAACAAGUGUCCAGAAAGACUACGAUGUGAACGACCCCAAAAAGCACAGUGGUGUAUGUCCCGCAGGAACCAAAUUCAGCUGGCUCGACAACAUAGGCAUCGACUACACAUUCAAGUACAAGUUGGGCGACAACGUGGACCCCGAAGAACAGAAGUUGUCCUUGUUCGAUGUCAAUGGCAACACAUGGGUCUUCUCAUACAUCAGACGCAAGACGUUGGACUGGAGCAACAAGGAUCAGGUGACCAAAUUGAACCUGUGGCGACGACAGAUCCUCGAUCGCAAGCUCUACUAUAAUACGGAUGGCCUGCCGGAGUUUCCGACUAUACGGCAACACUGGACGCACAAGGAAAAAAUCUAUGUGCUUACCCUCGUGAAGAACGCCAUUAGACGACUCAAGCGUGGCCUGGAGGCGACUGAUUGGCAAAAUAUCGCGAGACAAUACGAUCAACGCUUUGUCGGCAAGAGGGUUUUUGUGAGAGCCCGAAAAGCAAGUGCCGUUGCAGAGCCAGAGGAUUCGGAAGACGAUGCAGCUGGUAGCAACAAGGAUAAGAAGGCAUCGAAUGGAAAGGAAUCAUGGACAGGGAAAAGAAUCACAAGGAGUCGUCUCUUGACCGGACGUAGCCCUGGUGCAAUCAUGAACCAAAUUGCCAGCUGGGUUGACGGCAGAGCUAUGAUAGAGGACGAGUUUGAAGCUGCAGAGAACGACGACGAAGAUCUCGAGGCCUCUGAUCUCGACGAGGAAGAUGACGAAGAGAUCGGAGAUGAUCCCGAUGGAGAGUCCCAAGAAGAGGAUUCGGAGGAUGAAGAGGAUGGACAACGACCUGUUGGGGAGCCCAUCGGCGCCACCCUUGUCUCCGCCGCAAGUUGA